ACAGAUGCAGCCAACAAAGAUUAUGUCGAUAAUUUAAUGCAUCACGCUCAAGUUCAACCGAGCCACCAAAAGGAUGAAUUUACUUACGUUAUGGCAAAUAUAUUGGAGUGGAGUGAUUUGAUUUCAAGUGGAAAUAGCUUUAAUAUGACAAAGAUUGCUGAUUUGUCAAAAUCUAAAGGUAAUUUUCACUCGUAUAAUAAAAGCGUAAUUUAUACAACAAUUAUAAAAAAUUCUCAAGGCGGAUACAGGUACAAAAUGGGAAUUCAAUGUUACAGACUAAAAUUAAAUGUUGAUUACACCCUUUGUAUUGAGGUACUUAACACCAAGUAUGCGCUUUGUCAUAAAGCAAACGUUUUAAUUGAUAAAUCAACAUCGCAAGGAUUGACGAUUGGAAAUGUUUCAGUGAGAAAAUCUAGU